ACUUGUCUAACAAGUUGUCCAUGUGAAAAGUCAUUGUAUUCAACCGCAAUUAUGAAAAAAAUAGAACGGAAUCGAAUAAAUUUAAUUUGUACGUCUCAAAAAUAAUACAUAAAAUAUAUCGAUUUUUGCAUGUAUCUCUCUCUCGAGGCACGAAUGUCAUGUCGACGCUUGAUUUAAAAAAAUUAAAAAGGAGAAAACCGCCAGAAGUCUCUGAACAACCUAAAAAAAAAAUAGACCGGUUCGAUGGAUUAUCUGAAGAAGAAGUACAAAAAUAUACAUUGGAAGAUUAUUUGGAGAUGAAUCUGGAUUUAGUAUUUGUUGGAAUUAAUCCAAGUCUAAUGGCAGCACAUCGUGGUAGAUAUUAUGCAGGUCCUGGUAAUCACUUUUAUAAAUUAUUACAUGAAUCUGGCUUAACACCAAGAUUUCUUAACUUUGAAGAAGACUAUAAACUGUUGCAAUAUAGUAUUGGUCUAACAAAUAUUGUGACACGUCCCACUAGAUCUGCUGCAGAUCUCAAACGUACAGAGAUCAAAGAGGGUGCGAAAAUAGUGGAAGAAAAAUUAAAAUUAUACAAGCCCAAAAUUGCAGUAUUCAAUGGUAAAUGUAUUUAUGAAGUGUUUGCCAACAUCAGAGCUAAAGACACAUUUUAUUUUGGAUUGCAACCUGAACGCAUUGAUGAUACUGCAAUUUGGGUGACCCCAUCUAGCAGUGCACGAUGUGCUAAUUUUCCCAGAAUGGUAGACAAGUUGCAUUUUUACACAGCAUUGAAAAAAUAUCUAUAUUUUCUAAAAGGCGAGAUUGGUAAUGUUGACAUAAAGGAAUUCCAAUUUGAAGGAAAAUGCAAACAGUCUGUGCCUAGUACUUCCAAAAUGUGGCGGCGAAAAAACAUCUCCACUUUCCUGCAUGGAGGCAGAGUUGUUAACAAAAAUACACUUUGUCUGGAUACAUCAGAGGAAGAUAUCGCUGCAAUUCAUACAGCAGAAUUUUUAAUAGAGAAAGCUAAUCAUAGCACGAUAAAGCACAAUAAAGAUAAAGAUAAUUGUAAUCAAGAAAAUAAAAAUCAAACAUUCAACAAAAUUGUAGAAAAAAUGGAAAAAAUUAUAGCUGCUGGUGAUAUCAGUGAUGAAAUAAUAGUUGCUGAUGGGUUAAAGAAGGAAACUUCUGAUAUUAACGGAAAAGAAAGUAAUCAUGUAAUUAAUACUGUAUUAAAUCAUGAAAAUGUAACAAGACAUGAUAAUGAAAAAUAUGCAUCUGUGAAAGUCACUUGUAGAACUGUAAAAACUCAAAAUUUUAAAAAUAAUAGAAGUGACUCAUUAGAUUUUAUGAGCUUAAUUAAAAAAAAAUUAUCUCAGAAAGGAAACAACAAUGAUACAUCUAGUACGUCUGAAUUAAAACCUAGUUAAAAAAUAUUUAACAGUACAAUAAAUAUUGGAGAUAAUAAUAAAUAUAUUAUAUACAUAUAUGAUGAUUCCAAAUUUUAACGUUAUUUUAU